CGUUUAACUCCCACAGGACUCCCAUUGAAAUUUAUAAAUUUAUUUAAGUUUUGCAAAAAUUUUUAUUAAACAUGGAUCAACUAAUUCAUCACAAAGUAGUAGAAAUAGCUUCGCAGGUUGAAAAGCAAUUGGAUUCAGAGCUAGAGAAGUUAGAUAAUUUGACUAUAGAUGAUGUUGAAAAAUUACGAGAGCAAAGAUUAAAAGAAAUGAAAAAACUACAACAGCAGAAGAAACAAUGGCUUUCACAGGGUCAUGGAGAAUAUACGGAAUUAAGUAGCGAAAAAGAUUUUUUUGACAUUUGUAAAAAUUCUAAUAAAGUUGUAUGUCAUUUUUAUAAGAACACCGCCGAACGAUGCAAACUUGUUGAUAUGCACCUUAAAAUACUUUGCAUUAAACACAUAGAAACUCGUUUUAUUAAAUUAAAUGUAGAAAACUGUCCAUUCUUAACAGGACGUUUACGAAUAAAAAUAAUUCCCACGAUAGCUUUGAUAGUCGACAGUAAGACAAAGGAUUAUAUAAUUGGAUUUACAGAUUUAGGUAAUUGCGAUGAUUUUUCAACGGAAAUGUUAGAAUGGAGAAUUGCAAGAGGUGGUGCUAUAUUCUACAAUGGCGACUUGAUGUAUCCUCCCGAUAAAGUAAAAGAGCAAAAACCAUCUUCAAAGAUAAAAACGAUUCGUGGCAAGACGAAUGAUGAUUCCGAUUCAGAUUAGCAUAUCGUAUAUACCAUUAAACUUAUUAAAAUUAUAUAUGUAAUUCUUGUGUUUUUAUAUUGAUUAUGAUGCUUAGGUAAUAUAUAAUAAGAAGUCGCUUUUAAAUUGAAAAUAAUAUUUUUUUAUCAUGGUAUUAAUUGUUUGUUGCACUGUUUGUUACACACAGAGAAGUAAUGUUAUUUUUGGAAUGGUCAAUUAAAUCUAUUCGAUUGAAAAUGAUC